AUGGCUAGAUAUUUGAUUAAGGCAGGAGACAUGUCAAACAAUGAGAGCCUUAAGAUAAAGUUUUUUCCAAUUUCGCUCACAAAGAAUGCCUUUACAUGGUUCAUCACUUUGCCUCAAAGUUCGAUCCACACUUGGAACCAACUAGAGAGAAUGUUCCAUGAGCAGUUUUACAUGGGACAAACAAAGAUAAGUUUGAAGGAAUUGGCUAGUAUCAAACAAAAGUUUAUUGAGCCAAUUGAUGAUUAUCUGAAUAGGUUUCGAUUGCUCAAAGCUAGGUGUUUUACACAAAUACCAGAGCAUGAACUGGUCGAAAUGGCCGUUGGGGGCCUUGACUAUUCGAUUAGAAAGAAAUUGGAUACCCAAUAUAUAAAAGAUAUGGCCCAACUGGCUGAUAGGGUUCGACAGUUAGAACGUUUGAAGGAAGAAAAGGCUAGGGCGAAUAAAGGUAAAAGGGUAGCCUAUGUCGAUUUCAAAAAUGAUUAUGAAGGUUCCUGUCAUGGACUUUCAGACUUUGACGAUAACGAGAUCGACCUUGUUGAAUUGACGCAAGGGCCACCAUAUGCGUGUAAAGUUUUGGCGCCUUCGAAUGGAAAAAACCCCGUCGAACCAAAAAAGAGUGACAAAUUUCCCAAGAAAACUUAUACUUUUGACAUUACAAAAUGUGACAAAAAAAUUUUUGUUAGUUAA